CUCUCCAUCUGUCUUCGUGCUACUGAACAUGCUUGUGACUUUUCUGCCUAGUGGCUCAUACACUCUUUGUCGCUGGAUAUAUAUAAUAAAUAUAGUUGCGGGAUUUCUGUCGAUGUUUUCCGCAGAGUGGAUCUUCAUGCUCAGAACGAUGGCAGUAUGGGAGCGGGAUAAAAGGUUCGUGGUAUUAAAAAUCAUCAAUAUGAUGGUUUAUUUAAUCCCAAUAUUCGUUUUCUUCUUUCAAGAAUUUAUCCCGUCAAUGGGAGAAUGCUUGAUUCCUGGAGGUAUUGAAUAUGCAAAUACGAAGGAAAGGUCUACAGUGAUUGUCGUGUAUUGCUUGUUAGUUGUUGGCGGGUUGGACACAUUGGUGUGCGUGCUGUACCGCACCUUCAAGAGUCAUGGUGGCUGGAACAUCGAAAAUCGUCUUGUGCGGGGUCUCGUGCAUCAUAAUUUAUUGUAUUUUAGCUGCAGCUUUGCUUUCUCUCUUGGCGUCAUCCUGGCCACGAUCUUCCUUCCGGUGUGUCACUGUGCACGCUCAAAGCUGCCCCAUUAACGCGAGUAGUUUUCGGUGAUGCACAUGAUUGCAGAGACUCAAGUCGUUGUUCUAUCUCUCAUGGUCACGCGAAUGCAUAGGGACUUCUGGAGAUCGGAUCGUGUUUCUUGUGGCAAUGAUAGAGUGGAUCUCACUCUCUCAACGUUCAUGGCAGCAACCCCGGAUGUCGUGUGAGUGUUACAGUAGUUGCUCCUUUAAAGCAUUGUGUAGCUAAUGCAUGAUCGAGAAAAGACUCACAAGAUACGAGUGGACAUUGUCCCAACAAUGCAUAGUACAGAUAAAUGGACGUUUGAAGACGUCAGAUUAGUCAGAUUAUGUACUGACUCGCUAUGGACUACUUCGGUGUUUUGAAAGCACCCAAUACA